GGGGCCAUGUGACUUGUGAACCAAAAAUAACAACAAAGAACAGGGUCUUGAUCAUCGUCUGGUACGCAGUAGGUUGAGCUGACGUGUCUUUAUAUGGUUUUUCAUCAGGUUAUAGUCCACGCUGAGUCAUUUCUCGUUAGCCUGUGUUUUCAGGAGUGUCGCGAGAAAACUGUCACCAAACGUAGAGGCCGGUGGGCCGGGGACUACGUAGGGAACACAGAGGAAACAUGACGGACAGCAGUCACACCAGUGACAGCGAGGGCCACAUGUCUGGCUGGUCUUUGAUGGACGAUGAUGAAGAUGACAUUGUGAACUUGACCAUCUCGCAGGAUGGCAGCUCUGCAGAGUAUGUUGCUAUGGACACAUACAGUGAGGGAGAAGAAGCAAAGGAAGAUGAGGAGACAUCAACUCAGCUACCAGAAUCACCACCUACCAUAGAAGAAUCAGUACCGGAAGAUGAAGCUCCAGUAGAAAAUUCAAAUGCUAUAGAAGAUGCAGAUCCAAUGAAAAAUGCAGCUCCUACAGAGGAUGUCAUCCCUAAAGAAGAUGCAGCUUCUACAGACAAUGCAGCAACCACUGAAGGUGCCUGUGCUUUGGAGGACCACAACCAGAGGGCACCUGUACAAAAAGUCCUGCUGAGAGAGGGCAAGAGACUGACCAGGGGGGACAGUGGAAUUGUCCAGGAUGACGAUGCAGUGGAACAGUGGGACAAUCCACCAAUCAUGUCUCUGGCACCUACAGGUGAGGAGUCACCACGCCUUGUUACUACGGAUACAGACUCAGACUUUGUCACCAUCGACCCCAAUGCUGUAGAAGACCUGGAUCACCAUGGCGAUGGUCAAACCCUAACACCUACUUCUUUGCCUAAUGGUUUUCUUAGGCGCUUUUCCUGCCUAGAUGGUGUCUGUGGUGAAAAAACUAAAGAAGCUGCUGCAGUAGACACAAAUGCCAAUGAGACAGAGUCUGUAGCCAGUGAUGGAGAUGACUCCGACUUUUCCCCACCUCCCGUGGAACUCCCAAGGAGAAAACAUCGCAUAUCUGAGCGGGAAGAACGAAGGAAAGACAACAGCUGGAACCUAACCAUGAUCCUGAACUGGACCAUCCUGUUGGCACUCAUCAUCUCCAUCAGUAUUGCUAUUGGAGAUGCACUGGGCUCCUCCCGUGAAAGCCACCUGGCAGCGCAGCUGAAGAACAGGCAGGUGAAACGGCUGAAGUUGAUGCAGGAUGAACUCAUGUCUUGUCUAUACAAACUGGAUGUUUCCACCGACCUUGUGCAUCAAACAACCAAGGAGUCCCAUGUUGCUCUUCUUGACCAGCUUGGAGAAGACUUAGUCAGACUAAGAAACCAGCUCAAUGAUUCCAGACAAAGAUCCCAGAAAUGGAAAAUCCAAGUGACCUCUUUGGAGACUGAAAAUGGAGACUUAAAAAUGAAACUCACCUCUGAAGAACAGGCAAUGGAAGAAACUAACCAGGCCCUUGUUGAGCUCCAAGGUCAGAUCGAGGCACUGGAGAGUGAGCGAAGUGACCUUGCAGGGAAACUGACUUCUCUGGAAACAGAGAGGGAAGAGGCCAACAAGCAGGCUGCAGAGGACACACAGAGUAAGGAUGCACAAAACACACAGCUGAGAAACCAGCUGAAGGAUGCCACUUUGGAAAAUAAGGAACUUAAGCAGAAAAUGGCAGAUUUGGUAUCAGAGCUGGAAGAACAACAGAAGGCAAAUCAAGAGCAAGAAGCAAGUCUACAGGAGAGGAUCCUGGCCCUGCAGAACAAAAUGGUGAAUCUAGAACAACAGCUGAACAUAGAACGAACCCGUUCCAACAGGUGGCAGGAGCUGUACACCUCCCAACAGGAGAAGCAUAAAGAUCCUGAGAACAGCACAGGGCCAGACUUCUUCUCCUGCAUCCAUGCCUUUAUCCCAUCUAUCAAUGUGUCAGACUAUACAGAGAAGUUUGGAGAUGAUUCUUUCCUCAACCUCACGCAGGCAUUGAAGCAGCAGUUUGAACAGCUUAAAAACCACACAGAGUCAGCAGACUUUUCCACUUAUACCGAGCAGGUGAAGUCAGCCAUCAAGGCUCUGAAGAACACAGUGGCAGACACGAUCACAACAGUCACAUCAGAAGAGUUUGCAGAGGCAACAAAGGCCACAGUUGAAGGUGUAGGUGAGACCCUGAAGGACACCCUUGAAACAGUGCACAGUUAUUCUCAAGAGUUUUUGAACAGUCAGGAUGACAACAUCGGGUCAGUGAAGAAAUCCAUGAAGGACAGCUUGAAGAAGGCAAAGAAGACAAUAGCAGAGAACCUCAAGAAGGCCAGCAAGACUGUCCAGGAAAACUUGAAGGAUGUGAAAAAGUCUGUGAAAGAAUCCUGGAAGCAGGUGCGGAAGGUGCUCGACAAGGGAGUCAAGGAAACUAGAGGAUGGUGGCGACAAAAGAACAAGCAGCGACAGCAGGAGGAUCACCGUGGACAAGAUGAAGAGGUACGAGCCCCUCCCCCAGUCCAGCCAGAGUCACCAGAACCAGAACCAUCCUGCAGCUAUGGGAAACGGCCUGCACAUUCACGGGUCGAUGAGGUUCUAGAGCAGGAGACGGCAAGAAAAAUGGAAGCCAAGAUCACCCCUCCCGCCACUAUCUCUGAGGUUAAACCAGUAAAAGUGACAACAACAAAACAGGCGCCUGAAGAGGAACUUGAAUCUUCAAAAGGACGACAGGCAACAGUGCAGAAGAAAGAAGAGGAAGAAGAAAAGAAAGGAAAAGUUGCAGAGAAGACGGGCCCACACCUUCCUCGAAGAAAAGCUGAGGAUGCUGACCGGCGUGAAGGGGAGCCUGCACGUCAUGGCAGGAGGCGGCGCAAGGAUGAACCAGAUGGGGAUCCUGAGGAUGAUGGUGGCAACAACAGACCUCGCCGAUUCCGACGCAGGAGAGAUGAGGAAGACGACAGUGCCUCCGCCGGCCCCAGGCGACAUGGCCGGGGGGAUCCGGAUGGUGAUGGCGAUGACUCAGGCGUAGAGGUGGACAUCGAGGGUCGUCACCGUGCCGGGCCACGUGUGGGAAGACGGCGUGAUGAUGAUGACGAUGAUGACAAAAAAGGAAGAAAAUCCAGAGGACAUGGUGAGGAUGAUGACGAUGAUGACGACAUUGAUAACUUCGACAAGUACCGAUUGAGGCUUCGUGGCAUCCUAGCAAAGAUCUGUCAGCAUGAUGACGAAAAAAAGGAGUGUUGGGCCGACUUCUUGGACGACUACGAAGAUGGCGAUUGGGACAAAGAUGAUGACUGGGAUCAUGUCGAUCGUGAUGUGAUCAAGGAGUUUGAAAGGAUCCGCAGUCAGAUGAAACAUCACCGAAAACUAGAGAAAGCCAGAGGAAAGACAGGCAGCCAGGACAGACCACAGGCACAUACAGAGCACAGCCCCAAGCACAAAGGAGGAAAGAAAGGCAGCAGUAAGAAGCCUGGUAAGAAGUGUAAAGGUCAGAAGUGCCAGGGCGACCACGCAGACUGGGUCUUCAAGCGAGCUGAGCAACGACAGCGCGAGAGGGGCAAACCAGACAACUGGUUCCUGCAUCGAGCUACUGGUCGUGAAGAGGAACGAUACGGUAAAACAACAUUCCCUCUGUACGACAACCUCGCCAAGAGAGCACAAGCAAGGGAAAAACAGAGGACAAAGGGUUAAGUUAAAAUACGUUCAUAUGAAAAGAGCUGACAAAGACUAGAAUUUUAAAAAUGACCACAUGGCCAGUUCAUACAAGCAACUGCAAAGUGUGACAAAUUUCUGCUAGACAAGAUUUGAUUUGUGUUUUUGUGUGGCAUAAUCUAUAUUUGAUUUUGUAAAUGUACAUUUUUAAUGCUACAAAACAUGUUAUGUUGGAAUCAUAUUACAAAUUAUUGUUCCCUUUAACUCAGUUGUUAAGUGCUAUGAGUUACAAAAUCACCAUCACUCAAAAACCCAAAUGUAACAUAUCAUUGUCUUUACGUGGUAUGACAGUCAAAUUAUGGUAAGUCUCAAAAUGAACAUUGAUGUUCAAGCAUUUUGCGUAUUUUUACUAAGUACAAAAAUCAUACACAUGGUUGUGCAUGUAGACAUAGACUGAAUCACUUUGAAAAAGUAGGAUUUUAUUUCGUUUUCUAACACUGCUUUGUAUGCUUCAAAGAUUAAAAAAGCAGUUAUUCAAAUGUACUUUAAUUUGUUUGUUUGUACCAUAUUAUUUGGUGUUUCCCAAUCUAUCAAUAGCAUUUAAUGCAGUGAUAAACAUGUACAUUUUAAAGAUAAUAGAUCGGAAUGAACACAGGUACUGACAAAUCAAUAAGAAGCUGUGCUGUAGCAUUCAUGUAUGCUACAUAAACCAGAAUUCUAGACUUUUGAUAUUUCAUAUCUAAAGACGCUCUCUCUUUCUUACUCUUUAAAAUAUUUUUAUUUAAUCUAAAAUAGCAUACAGGGGGUGUGACAAUGUUUCAAUUACAACAACCAAAAUUCUGAAAUACAAACAGCUGAAAUCAAUCAUUAUGCAGCUCUGGAAUUGAUACAGGAAAUAAUGUGUUGAGGUUUUUUUCUGUUCGUUUUCAUUCUGUUAUUUAAAAGAUCCCCCUUUCAUUUUGUUAUUUAAAAGAAUAGGUUUUAAAAAGUAUCAAUCUAAAGUACUUUUGAGUAUGCAUGAGUAAGAAGUUAAGAUAUUAAUAUGUUAUGAUUUGUCAUCAUGACAUCUUUAGGAAUAUGUUAUGGAGCUCUCUGUUGUAUAAGUUAUGUGGCCUGCUGUUGACAGUAGACUUGCACAUAGUUGCCAAUUCUUCUUUCCAAUGUGAUGUGGGUGUGGAAGUAUUCUGCACACUGAAAGGAAUUUAAAUCAAACAUAACUUACACUGGCAAUGGUAUCAGUGAAAAAAUUGUAAACAAGAAAAAGCUACUACAUGUAUGACUACUGAUUGUGAAAAAAAAACUAAACAGGAACAACACUACAUGUUAAUUUUUAGAGUGCUGUGAUACUCCAGCAACACUUGAAAAGUGAAUCACACCGAGUAAUCUUGUUCUCAGGCUACCUUAGGAGGUGCUAGCUGCUACAGAGUUCAUGUUAUGGUGUGGAAGAGAAUAAAGUACCUCAAUGAUGGUU